AUGACUCUUACAUUAGAUAACGCAUCUGCUAAUGAUACAUGCCAAGAUCAUUUGAAAAGUACUUUAAAUAUGCAUAAUUGGUUGUUGUGUGAUGGGGAGUUCUUUCAUAUUUGUUGUUCUGCUCAUAUCUUGAAUCUCAUUGUGCAAGAUGGAUUAAAAAUUGCUCAUGAUGCAUUUGAUAAGAUUAGGGAAAGUGUGAAAUAUGUAAGGGGAUUGGAAAGUAGAAUGAUAAGGUUUAAAGAAUGUGUUUCAGCGAUUCAGUGUUUGCUUUUUACAAGUGGAUUGCAUCUAGAUGUUACUACUCGAUGGAGUUCUACAUACAUUAUGCUCGAAAGUGAUAUCAAGUAUCGGAAGGCCUUUGAGUAUUUGAAGGCAACCGAUCAUGCUUAUAGGCAUUGUCCUUCGGUUGAUGAAUGGGGGAGAGCUAAAAGGAUAUGUGAAUUUUUAUACCUCUUUUAUGAAACUACUAAUUUGAUUUCUAGCACAUCUUACCCUACUUCGAAUUUGUAUUUUCUACAAGUCUAUCAUAUUCAAUGUAUUUUGAUGAGAAUUUUGAGAAGUGAAGAUAAGCUUCUAACGAGCAUGGGAGAAAAGAUGAUGAACAAAUUUAAGAAGUAUUGGAAAAAGUAUAGUAUCAUUCUUGCAUUUGGUGCUAUUCUUGAUCAUAGGCUUAAGAUUGUUACUUUAGAGCUUAUGUAUGAAGAGAUUGAUGUUGAGACUGUGAAGGGAAGGUGGAACAUGUGA